UCAGUGCCUCAUCCGCUUUGAUGCUGCGCCAACAGACGAUCACAACAAUCUCUGGAAUUAAUGAGCAUUCAAGUGAAAUAAUGAUGGACGAGAGCACAGAACUGUCUCUCACUAUCGCUCAAAUAGUACAGCGGCUCAAAGGGACUCAUUUACACUCUCAGUUGGAGAAACAGGCCAAAGAAUGUUUGCACAAUCCGGAGAUUAAACUAGAAUCACUUAAAGACGACGUGCGGAGUUUGUUAAAGGCGUCAGGUUGGGAGAGAAAAUUACAAAAUGCAGUUUACAGGGAAUUGCACAUUCUGCCGCCUCCUGGGCAUCCCAGAGCACCUCCAGAACACACCAAAGAGCCGCUGGCAUAUAUGUGCAAAGCCCAGGCGAGCUGGGAGAAGAGGAUCUUAAAAAGUUUGAACAGUAUGUGUACCGAGUUGGGAAUCCCACUGGCCAGGAAGAGACCGGUCCCAGAGCAGAAAGAGAUGACAAAUAAAUGGAAUGAGAUGGGAACUGAUGAUCCAGACCUAAGCAAAUUCAGACCUGUAUAUGCACCCAAAGACUUCCUUGAGGUGUUGAUUGGUUUAAGGAACCCUAAUAAUGAGCGUAGUGAAGAAGUCACUGUCAGAAGCCAAUGGGGAUUAAUCCAAGUUUCCCUCAAUGUCCGUGACAUUCCUCAAACGAGGGAGACGUAUCCAGAACUGGGUCUAACUUAUGGGCAGCUUGGUAUAGAUGAUCACACACAUGUUCCUCCAGAUUUGUUUGAGAGUGAGCACAUUCACAUUGGAAAAAAAGUGGUGAGCGAGCAGGACAGUGCAGCAGCACAGCAGUACAGUAGACAGGGCUGCCCCACAGGUCUCAGAGCCCAGUUAUGGACUCUCAUCUUGAACUCCACUGACGAUCCUGAGGAAAUAACACAUUACGAACAGCUAAAGGCUAGAGUGAUACACAAUGCCCUGCUGGUGGACAACCUAAUAUAUAAGGAUGUGAAGCUCACGGCCAGUAAUGACGAUUACUACUUCGUAUUUGAGGACUAUUUAUAUCAGGUUUUGCUAUGUUUCUCUCGAGACACUGCAGUCCUGGAGCAUUUCAACUACAACAGUGCUACGCCACCUAAAUCAUGCAUCCAAAGCAAAUCUGGUUCAGAGCAUUUUGCUGUGGUUUACCCCCCAAAUGGUGUCAUCCCAUUCCAUGGCUUCUCAAUGUAUGUGGCCCCUCUGUGUUUUCUAUAUAAUGAGCCGUCUAAGUUGUACAGCGUGUUCAGGGAGAUGUAUAUCCGCCACUUCUUCAGACUGCACUCUAUCUCCUCACAUCCGUCUGGUGUAGUGUCGCUGUGCUUGCAAUUUGAGAGAUUACUGCAGACCCACCUUCCUCAACUUUUCUACCAUCUACGGGAGAUAGGAGCCCAACCAUUACGAAUUGCCUUUAAGUGGAUUGUCCGAGCCUUCUCUGGAUACCUGUCCACCGAUCAGCUCUUGUUGUUGUGGGACCGUAUCCUAGGAUAUGAUUCCUUAGAGAUAGUGGCAGUCCUGGCCGCUGCAGUCUUUGCCUUCCGAGCCGAAAACCUAAUGGAAGUGACAUCAUUGGCAUCAGCAGAGGUUGUUACAUGCAAGCAUGCGUGCGUGUGUGCGUGCGUGUGUGCGUGCGUGUGUGCGUGCGUGUGUGCGUGCGUGUGUGCGUGCGUGUGUGCGUGCGUGUGUGUGUGUGUGUGUGUGUGUGUGUGUACAAAAAUACAGAAAUAGUAUGUUAACUUGCAGCCAAAACUCGUAACCCAGUCCUCCCAAGGCACAUGUUUUAAAAUUGCUGGGAGAGCCACUUUUAAAAGCGGACCAUGUCCCCCACACCCCACCCCUGAAAUGUUUAGACUAUGCAUGAAAUCUGACUGUAGGCACUGUAUGCAUAUGUGUGCACAUGUUAUGUCUUGUGUUACAGUCUAAAACGUAUUACUUAAGCAAAAUCAGCACUAUGCACUUUGUAUAUACCUUCUUCGAUGUUCUAUAGUUUACUUGGCAAAUCGCUUUAAGAUUUGACCAUUUAACAUUUUUACAUUCAUAGGCCCAACUUAUUCAAAGUUUAUUUCCAUACUUUCAACUUUUAUUAAAGCAUCCUAUGCUAAUUAAGAGGGUUGCACUGUUGGAUGCUGUCGCAUGUAACUGCUUAAUUGACAGCUGUAGUAAAAGUGCAUAUGACUUGCUGGCAUUAAUUCUGGCUGUAACCCACAGUGACGCACGAGCCUGGGCCUCAAGGCGCUGUGAAGAUGCUGCUGGACAGUAUCUGCUUGCUUAUGUACCACCUUGCCCCUACUGGAGAAAGUAUCAUAACACAUUGUAUUUUUAGCGGCCUGGCCUGGUCAUGAAACAUUAGAGGAGACAUGCUAACCUGAUAGCAGCCUCUAAAUUUAUUUGCUUCCAAUUCCAUAAGGACAGAAGCUUGAGCGCACUCGAUUCCCUCUGAAGGCCUUCACCCCAAACAGCUCCUGUGAGACGGAUGCACCCUUAGCACCUUCCAAGCUCUUAAGUAGCAUCAGAGCAGGCCAGCAGAUGCCAUUUUGAGAAACAGGAUUGGUGUUCAUGUAUUCUUUUAGUUUGACUUGGUGUACAGGUCUUUCAUUGCCAGAUGAUCUAAAUGGAUGUCUCUCUCGUGAAUAUUUACUAUGACAUGCCCAACACUGCCCUAAAUCAUCUUCCAUCUUAAGAAAGAUCCUUCUGUUUUUAUUUCUUCUCUUCUUGCAGGCUGUUCUUGCUGACCUCUCAACCCUGAAGGUAAUGCCCCUGCUGCAGAUCUUCCUCUUCGCCACAGCUGUCUGAGAAGCCUGACUUUUAUGUUUGUGUGUUGAUGACUGGGUGCCCCAGUCCAAAAGACCCUUUUAAAUAAUAAUAAAAAAAAAGUACUUUUGUACCUUUUUUGCUCAUGUCUAUUAGCUUUGAGGCCAUCUAUAUGCUAGAUUUCUCAUACAAGAUCAACCUUUAGCAUGCACAUUUAAAAAAUACAGUCCUUCUCUUCUCUCUUGUUGCACUUGGGAUCACAUAUAUAUACACUCACCUAAAGGAUUAUUAGGAACACCAUACUAAUACUCUGUUUGACCCCCUUUCGCCUUCAGAACUGCCUUAUUUCUACGUGGCAUUGAUUCAACAAGGUGCUGAAAGCAUUCUUUAGAAAUGUUGGCCCAUAUUGAUAGGAUAGCAUCUUGCAGUUGAUGGAGAUUUGUGGGAUGCACAUCCAGGGCACGAAGCUCCUGUUCCACCACAUCCCAAAGAUGCUCUAUUGGGUUGAGAUCUGGUGACUGUGGGGGCCAUUUUAGUACAGUGAACUCAUUGUCAUGUUCAAGAAACCAAUUUGAAAUGAUUCGAGCUUUGUGACAUGGUGCAUUAUCCUGCUGGAAGUAGCCAUCAGAGGAGGUACAUGGUGGCCAUAAAGGGAUGGACAUGGUCAGAAACAAUGCUCAAGUAGGCCGUGGCAUUUAAACGAUGCCCAAUUGGCACUAAGGGGCCUAAAGUGUGCCAAGAAAACAUCCCCCACACCAUUACACCACCACCACCAGCCUGCACAGUGGUAACAAGGCAUGAUGGAUCCAUGUUCUCAUUCUGUUUACGCCAAAUUCUGACUCUACCAUCUGAAUGUCUCAACAGAAAUCGAGACUCAUCAGAUCAGGCAACAUUUUUCCAGUCUUCAACUGUCCAAUUUUGGUGAGCUCUUGCAAAUUGUAGCCUCUUUUUCCUAUUUGUAGUGGAGAUGAGUGGUACCCGGUGGGGUCUUCUGCUGUUGUAGCUUAUCCGCCUCAAGGUUGUGCGUGUUGUGGCUUCACAAAUGCUUUGCUGCAUACCUCGGUUGUAACGAGUGGUUAUUUCAGGCAAAGUUGCUCUUCUAUCAGCUUGAAUCAGUCGGCCCAUUCUCCUCUGACCUCUAGC